AUGACGAAAGAAAAAUCAAAGCUCCUCGAAUCUCUCGAACAAGAUGGCUUUGUUCUCAUUCCCUCUCUUCUGAGUCAGACGGAGGUGGAUUCUCUCCGCCUCGAAGCGAAAAGUACUGUCGAUCUUGCUCGCUCUGGCUCAUGGCCAUACGUUCGCACACUCCCCAAACAAUUUCCACCAUGGAACAUAGGUGAAGGAGAGUCACCUGCAAAAGACGGUAUUUGGGGUGUCCAAUCACUCAUGCAUCCCAAACUUCCAACUUCGCCAUCAUUCAUCAAGGUAUACUUUUCGGAUAAAAUGUUAGGCGUGGUGAAAGAGCUUCUGCAGUGUGAGGACGAUGAUUUCGUCAUGGAAUUGUUCAACUUAUUGAUUCGUCCUGAUCGCGAUUUUGAGCUCCGUUGGCAUCGGGACGAUAUCCCGUCUUCUGCAACGGCUGAAGAGGAACUUGCGAGAUUGGCGGAACCGGCAUGGCAUGCACAGUGGAAUAUGGCAUUAUAUGAUGAUGCGUCUCUCAUUGUAGUUCCCCGAUCUCAUAAGAGAGCUCGAACCGAUGCAGAGAGGGAGAUGAAUGAAUAUGCAACGGGAGUAGAGGGCGAGAUUAGAGUUCAGAUGAAAGCAGGUGAUGUGGUGUUUUAUGACAAUAAUAUUUUGCAUAGGGGAAAGUAUGAAAGUGGUAAGGAGAGAGCAACGUUGCACGGAAGUGUGGGACAUAGGAAUGGCAAAGGAGUAAGGGCGAGGAACGUGCUGCAACAUGGAUUGAGAGAGUGGGUUGGCGAUAUUGAUCUUAGUCUAUUGAAUGAAGAGGAGAGGAAGAGGGCAGAGGGAAUGAGGGAGAGGUUGCUGAAUAUGGCGAAUGAAAGUGGUGAAGUAGGCUAUUCAUUGGAUGGUUGA